UUGAAUCUUCAAUGAAUUACAAACAAGUUAAUUCUGGUGUAGCAGGGAAUGCAAAAUAAUACUUCAUUUUUACUAAAAAAAAAACAAAUGGCUGCGAAAGUUGAAAGUGAAGACAGUGUGGAGACUGUGUGUCAAGAAACUUGCUCGAUUUGUUUAGAACUGUUCAGGCACCCACGCAAAUUGACAUGUCAUCAUAGUUUUUGUAGUGUUUGUUUACAUGGAUACUUGGAAAAAUGUUCCCUAUCUACAGAUGUAAAGACGUUUCAGUGUCCGUUGUGUAGAUCAAAUAUUGAGAUAAAACAAAUAAAGGAUGAUUUUGAAACGGAAGAUGUUGUGAAACAAUUUAAGCUACUUUCGGUUUCGAAUGACAAUAGCGAAAACGAAAGCAGAGGAGCUACAACAAACUGUGAAUCUUGUUCAAGAGAUGAUGUGACGAUACCUGCCUCAAAAUUUUGUGAAGAUUGUGGCGAAAACAUUUGUAAAGACUGUAUAAAGUAUCACAAAAAGAAUAAAUUAUUAUCAUCUCAUGUUCUUAAAGAUAUUGUUGUAACAGAAAAGGGCAAAGGUCCAUAUUUAAAAUGCAAACGUCAUGAAAUGAAACGUUUCAAGUACAUUUGUGUUCAACAUGAUAUCCUUUGUUGUAGCAAAUGUGUUAUUUUCUAUCAUAGACAGUGUAAGGACAUCCAUCUACUAGAAGAGUAUGCCAGUUCUAGUGUAUUUCACAACGAAAGGGAACGAGUACAACGGAGCAUUGAAAAUAUCAGUGAAAGGUGUAGAAACGUACUUGUUCAUGAGACUGUUGUUGAGAAAGUGUUAAAUGAAAAAAUGAUAAACCUGACAGAACAAUUUGAAAAGUCUAAAACUGACAUUUUGCAAGUCUUAGAAGAAGAACUGAAUGAGUUUCAAAAGAGGUCGUUUUCUUUAAUGAAGAACUUGAUGCAUUCAUCAGAAAUAAAUCGACAAAAGGUGAUGGCACUAAUGCGGGAAAUAGACGAGUAUAAAAGAAACCUUGAAGUGAAGGAACUUGAUAAUACUGACUGUGGUCAACAAGUUGCUACUGUAAAACGGAUAGGCCAGUCUUUGAAUCAACAACUUCAAGUCAUUACCAAGUGCCUUAACCUAGCUUCUAGUGACGUAGUGGAAUGUUCUUUCGACACAAACAUUCUCAAAGGUACAAUACGAAACUGUUUGAAAGUUUCAGUUUCGAAACUUCCGAAAUCCGACGCAGUAAGGUUUCAACCAGUCUGUGAUAAAGUCGUUUUAUGUGAAGAAAGGCUGGGUGAAAAAGGAUCUUGUGCUAGAGAUUGUCUCAUGUUAGACGGUCGCUAUUUCUUGUGUACAGAUGAAAGAAGCAGAAUAAUCAGAGUAUUUGAUAUAGCUGGACAAAGAGAGAUUGAAUAUAUUCCGCUGAAAGCAGAGCCAUUUGGAAUAACUAGUUUAGGUAAACAAACAGUUGCAAUAAGCCUGCCUCAGAACAAACAGAUCAACGUCAUACAGAUCGCAGUUACCGGGUCUACAGUCACAUCAGAGUUGUUACAAAAGAUUACAACUAAAUAUGGCAUAUAUGGCCUAAAUUCAUGCACGAUCAAAGAUACAACAGUGUUAAUGGCACUUGCAAAAGAGUCAGGCUGUCUUCACGUGUAUAACACGAAUGGCACAGAACAUAAAGUUAUAAGCCUGCAAAUACCAGAGGAAGACAAACCCUUGCGAGGUUGGAACCCAUUGUCAUAUGCAAAUUAUUUCACAAUUGACGAUCAGGCAAAACAAAUAUUCAUAUCUUGUCAAACGACUAGUAAAAUAAUGUGCAUAGAUUUUGAAGGGAACUGCAAACGUAUAUUCAAGCAUCGGACUUUACGAACACCUCUGGGUGUGAAAAUGGGUUAUAAUGGCUAUUUGUUUGUCUGUUGCUAUGGAAGCGGUAGAAUACUGGUACUGGACAAAUUGGGAAUUAUCGUUAAUGAGAUAUCUGGCAUUCACGAGCUCCAAGGACCAAUUGCCUUAGAUUUUAAUGAAGAUUUCAAGCGUAGUAUAGUAUGUGACGACGAGGGUGAAGGGAAGCUGAAAAUGAUCUUUUAUAGCUGGCAUGUUUUAGAAGGUCAGUGAUUCAACGAAAGCACAAAACUUGGACGGGAAGCACUCUUGGAUUAUAAGACAAAUUGGCGUUUAAAGUCAUCGUUGAAGAUGGGAGCAUAAAAUGACCCAAUUUUUAUCGUGAUAUUACCCUGUCGUCUGUAAAUUUAUACUCUUUGAAAUACACAGAUGUACUAGACAGCUUAUACUAGGAACUAAGAUGUAUUAUGACUUCUUUCUUACUGUGUAUCUUUUUCUUAAGGUAUUGUACCCUUAAUAGUGUACCUCCUUUUUGAAGAGUAUUCAAUUCCUACCAUAAACCUACUUUGACAGCAAUUUUCAGGGGGGGGGGGGGGGGGUAGGUUCAAAAUGGGCCGAGUUUGAAAAUGGGUCAUCUGGAGUCAAAAACUAGGUCAAUAGGUCAAAUCAAAGAAAAACCUUGUGUAUGCGAUAGAGGCUGUAUUUUUAAAUGAACCUUCAUGAAUUUUGGUCAGAAUGAUAACCUUGAUGAAAUCUAGGCCGAGUUCAAAAAGGGGUCAUCUGGGAGCAAAAAGUAGGUCACUAGAUCAAAUCAAAGAAAAACCUUGUGUAUGCGAUAGAGGCUGUAUUUUUCAAUUGAUCUUCAUGAAUUUUGGUCAGACUGAUUGCCUUGAUAAAAUCUAGGUCAAGUUCGAAUAUGGGUUAUCUGGGAUCAAAAAGUAGGUCACUAGGUCAAAUCAAAGGAAAUGCUUGUAUAUGCGAUAGAGGCUGUAUUUUUCAAUUGAUCUUCCUGAUUGUUAAGUCAAACUGAUAACCUUAAUGAAGUCUAGGCCGAGUUCGAAAAUGAGUCAUCUGGGGUCAAAAAGUAGGUCACUAGGUCAAAUCAAGGAAAAACCUUGUGUAUGCAAUAAGGGCUGCAUUUUACACUGGGUUUUCAUAUAAUCCGGUCAGAAUGGUUGCCUUGAUGAAAUUUAGGUCAAGGUCGAAUAUGGGAAGUCUGGGGUCAAAAACUAGGUCAAAUCAAAGAAAAACCUGCUGUAUGCGAUAGAGGCUGUAUUUUUCAUUUGAUCUUCAUCAAAUUUGGUCAGAAUGAUAGCCUUGAUGAAAUCUAGGUCAAGUUCGAAUAUGGGUCAUAUGGGGUCAAAAACUAGGUCACUAGGUCAAAUCAAAGAAAAUACUUAUUUAUACUCAAGAUUUUUGCUCCAAUUUAAAUGAUAAUUGGUUAGAAUAUUUUUUUUCAUGAAAUCACUAGGUUAAACAUGUUUACACUUUUAUGGUGUGUUAUGGUGUGUUUCUCAGGUGAGCAACCUAGGGCCAUCUUUGCCCUCUUGUUUAAACAUUACUAUUAGGGGUCCAAUACCUUAAGCGAGAAUUCUUCAGAAGAAUAUGCAUGUUACCUACCUAGGUGACCUGCCUUAUCCAUAACAGGGUUGUCGUGAUUUGCAACUUUAUUUUGCAAGAUAAAAAGAAUGAACUUUCAAAAUAUCUUUAGUAAUGUCAAUCUUAUGGUCAAAAAAUGUAUUUACCCAUUGUAAAGAUCAGGCAGAAUCACAAUUUUGCAUACAUUUAUUUGUUUUAAAAAAAAUGGAUUUCAAUAUAUUGCACUGCUUUCAUGCUAUCCUGAAAGUUGUGUAUCAAUCCAUGUGAGGUAUGUUACACUUUCCACUACCUCUCGUGAACAGAAUCAGUUAAACCGAGUCUGCUAUUAUUUUGCUGGGUUGAAUUCUAUGCUUCUAAAGGAUCUUUAACAGUUUUAUUUUAAAAGCCGACUGAUACUUACUAUGCAAACUACCACCCACACUGAAAUGGUUCUUUUCCCGACGAUAAAUUCAAAACUAGUCGGGGAUAUUUUGAAAUUUAAUAAGAUCCUAUUACCAUGUUGUGUAUUAGUGGAAAACCUUGUUACGGAAAAGGUGGGAGAAAACAGUAGUUCAAUAGACAGGCAUUAUGGAUUAUUUUAUAAAUUACUUGAGAGAAAAUUGAUCGCUUUUAAAGAAUUACACGAAAAUCUUAGCAGCUAUAUAAAAUAUCAGGGUCUAAAUUCGACUGUGUUCCCGGUGUAACAAGCGGGAAAAGUUCACCGAUGCUCUAUUUGACUGGCAGUUUACCACAGUGGUAAUGGAUUGUGUGUGUAUAAUAUGAAUGUUUAUACCAGACAGUAGCUGACGUAAUGGUACUUGUAUCUAACUGUAUCAAAUUUGGGGAACAUUUCUUAUCAAUAUGGAAAAUGAUGGAAAUACUAUCUACAGACAACAACAGAUACUGUUCGAAUAAUUAUCAAAUUGCAAAUGUUGUACAGUGUUUGUUGACCAAAUCAUGUAUAUAACUCAUGACACAUAUAUACGUUAUGGUACGUAUGAACUCAUGUAAGGUGAAUAUAAUGUGUAAACAAAUGAAGUCUUAUACAAUGUACUCUUAACUUUGCAUUAGCUGCUGACAAACUUUCUAUGUCUAAACAUUAAAUCUAGACUAUAUUGUGAAAAAUAAAAGGCUUCUCAAACAA